GUCGUCCGGUCGUGGAUGAGUUGUUAGGAGUACUUUUUAGAACCAAACAACCAGAGGGAACUAUAGGCGUUGUGGUAGGCCCCUCUGUUGGUAGUUUUGAACAUGGAGCUUUUGAGGCGGCAAUAGAAGUUAAAACAUCUGUGUAUCCCAUCAUUAUAGCUAAAUUAACAGCAAAGUCUGCUGAAACAUCUGAAUGGCUGUACGAAGAAGGUGAAGAAGCCCCAAUAGAAUCCUUGCGAACGCGUCUUGAUAGCUUAAGGCGUGAUGAACACACUCGACGUCCUGAAGCGGUGAACGCGAUUCAAUCUGUCAUAAAUAAUACCCGAGGCUUUGUAGAACAAAUUAAAAUGAAUACAACUAUCGAACGGUAUCAUACAGACGAAGAGCUUGAUAAAUUAUUGAAUGUUUGUAAUAGGGUUGAGAAAUGGCUUGAUGAAAAACUAAUAGAGCAGGAUAAAAUUGCACCUCACGUCGAUCCUGUUUUAACUACGGCAGACAUCGAAAGAAUGUUACGGGAGAUAGAACGCGAAUUUCUAAUUGUAGCUACAAAGAAGCCACCGAAGAAAAAAAUGACAGCACCAACAACUAGCGCUAGCGAAAGUACUAAUAACGUCAAUGAUACCAGUACUAGUAACAAAACUGAUUCUGAACAAAAAUCAACUACAACUCGCAUUGAUAAGGAACCCCAG